GCGAUCCGCAGUUCAUCUCUUCGUAGUUGCGAUGUUUCAUCACGACCUCGUAGGAAUGCGCGUCUUUAUAUCGGGGAAGCGAAACGAACCGAAGGGCGCGAACUUUACCGAACAUCGUCGAGCGUGGCCGAGCUCGUCGGCAUCAGCAGCGCUCGGUGAUUUUUCGAACAGUUUCGCAACGCGCCUUGUCGCACGGUAGUGAUAUGUCAUUCCUCGACGUCGUUGUGUCGUAGUCGUCGGUUGACGUGUCAUGCGCGUCGUCCGUCGGGAAAUAUGAACGUCGUCCAGUGGGACCACACCGUGUCCUACCAUCGUCGUCGCUGCGUCAGUGCGGAGAACGUGGCGGUGUGAAGGAGAAGACGAAGACGACGACGAGCGAAGAAGGGACAAAGAUCGCGGCACGGCGCGUCGCUGCGCGGUAAGGUAACCGGGAUCAAGCAGAGAUGUCGAAGAAGACCAACUGCAAGAUGUUGGUUCAUCAACUGUCGGCCGUGUUGCCGGACGACAGGCCGAUAACUGCCAUUAGCGUCGUCGAGGACGUCGACAAGUGCCCGCCGAACUUCACAGUGGUGUCGAGGACGUACGACCAGGACACGGACGCGGAUCUAUGGAGAGAAAGCGGACUGUUCAUCAAGAAGAAGGGCAGGUACAUCUGCUUCUCCAAGACUGAGGGCCAGCCCGACUGCGUGGUCGAGGAUAUCGUGGUGAUCAACGAGCGAGAUACCCCGCCGGAGGGCUACUGCAUGAUCUCGUACACCGUGGAUUCGAGGCAGAGGGCGUGGCGGAAGAAACAGGUGUGCUAUAAACUUAGGAAUAAGGACCUGUGCGAGAAAGCGGUCACCGAUAUCAUAAUAUGCAGCAGGAUAAUCCACAAAGAUUACAAGCUGGCCCCCAUCGGGUUCUCCGCUGCUGGUAUCAUCAACGGCGUUCGCGUGUGCUACAAGACGGUGGAUAUCACAAAUGCGAACUCGAACUCGCAGUCGUACGUUAAUAUAGACUUACUACAAAGCGCUUCUCCGAAUCCAUCGAACGGGACCCCUCACAGAGCAGCUCCCGAGCGGCCUCCGAAACCAAAGUUCUCACCAAAACCGGCCAAUGGAAUCUACCCGCUGAUCGGAGCGGCCAAGGACGGCGACGAGUCGGGCGAUCGAGAUUACGAGAUCCUCACUCCCAGCGCAAGGAUCAGGCCGACCAGGCCCGCGCCUCAACCGCCCACGUCAUCGGCCAUAGGGUCGACGCCCAUCUACGGCACGCUUCCGGGAUCGUCCGAUCUCGACGGAGUCCCGUUCGUGCUUAACCCACGUCUCACCGCUCAUUUGGAUUCCGCGAGCAACAAACUUCCCGUCAUCAAGGUGUGGACGCAGAAGGAUUUGGACAGGGAGUUCUUUUAUGAUUUCCGCGCGGAAAGGGAGACUUGAGAGACUCGAAGAUGCGUGCCAAAACUGUCUCCUCGCGAGCAGCUGUGUGUCGAGAGCGAUUCCUUCGCCGUUCGUUCGUUCGUUCGUUCGUUCGUAUCGAGCGUAAUAUUAGCCAAGCAUAAUGGAGUGCCUGAACGAGUGAUUUAUACUAACCCUGCGAGAAUGAAAUGCCCACGACGCUUAUAAGGAGAAAUGAGGAGAGAAAAGUUUUACUAUAUCUGAGAGAAAGUGAACAAGAUAGAAACUUACUCGAUGUAUAACGCGUUUCUUCCUCCUCUUCCACGCCCCGAUUUAGAUUUUGAUACCAGCGACAGCGUUGUAUUUUUAUAGACUUGCGUUGUAUUUUUUGAUAGAUAGUAGAAGAUUAUACUUGUAUGUAUAAUAUAUGUA